AAAUCUUCCUCACAGCUCAAAUGUUACUCUCACAGCUCCUUUCUUCUCCAAUUUAGUGCAUAUUGUUCCAUCAGAGGUGAGCAAGAUCUGUUCUUUUUAACAACCCUUCAAUUUCCCCUCUUUAUAUGCUUCAUUGUUCUUGUUUCAAUAUUAAUCAGAUCUAGUUUAAGUUUGAUGUUAUAGAUAGAUCUUGAUAUAUAUUGAAAACCCAUUUGAAAAAGUACUGAUCUUUGUAUUAUAAAUACACCCUUUUGAUAAUUCAUUUAGAUCUGAGCAAAAAAAGGGGUAAAAAUGGAGUCUUUUGAUAAAUUCAAGAUUUGGGUUUUGUGUAUCUGUUUGGUUUCUGAAUUGGGUUAUGGGUUUUAUCUACCUGGAAGUUAUCCUCACAAAUAUGGGGUUGGUGAUUACUUGAAUGUUAAGGUCAAUUCAUUGACUUCAAUUGACACUGAAUUGCCUUAUAGUUAUUAUAGUUUGCCUUUCUGUAAGCCUGAAGAGGGUGUGAAGGAUAGUGCAGAAAAUCUAGGUGAGCUUCUUAUGGGUGAUAGGAUUGAGAAUUCGCCUUAUAGGUUUAAGAUGUAUACUAAUGAGACUGAGGUUUUCUUGUGUCAAACUAAACCUUUGUCUGCUGAUGAAUUUAAGCUUUUAAAAGAGAGGAUUGAUGAGAUGUAUCAGGUGAAUUUGAUUCUUGAUAAUUUGCCUGCUAUUCGAUAUACCAAGAAGGAGAAUUACUUCUUGCGUUGGACGGGGUAUCCGGUUGGGAUCAAGGUUCAAGAUGCAUAUUAUGUGUUUAACCAUUUGAAGUUUACUGUUCUUGUUCAUAAAUUUGAGGAGACCAAUGUGGCUCGUGUGAUGGGUACCGGGGAUGGAUCAGAGGUGAUUUCGACUGUUGGAAAUGAAGGAUCUGAUGCACCUGGAUAUAUGGUUGUUGGAUUUGAGGUUGUACCUUGUAGUUUCCAGCAUACGCCUGAUUCGUUAAAGAAUCUUAAAAUGUACAAUAAGCUUCCAUCUCCAAUCAAGUGUGACCCGACAUCUGUGUCCAUGGCUAUUAAAGAAAAUGAGCCUGUGAGUUUUACUUAUGAGGUGAACUUUGUGGAGAGUGACAUCAAGUGGCCAUCGAGAUGGGAUGCUUAUUUGAAGAUGGAAGGUGCAAAGGUGCACUGGUUCUCGAUACUCAAUUCCCUUAUGGUGAUCACUUUCUUGGCUGGUAUUGUGCUUGUGAUCUUUUUGAGAACAAUCCGCCGUGAUCUGGCAAGGUAUGAUGAACUAGACAAAGAAGCUCAGGCUCAGAUGAAUGAGGAGUUAUCUGGGUGGAAACUUGUUGUUGGUGAUGUUUUCCGAGCCCCUAGUAACCCUGGCCUUCUCUGCGCGAUGGUUGGGGAUGGAGUUCAAAUCUUGGGGAUGGCUGUAGUGACUAUUAUGUUUGCUGCCCUUGGAUUCAUGUCCCCAGCAUCUCGUGGAACAUUGAUUACAGGUAUGCUAUUCUUUUACAUGAUUCUUGGUGUUGCAGCUGGCUAUGUUUCUGUUCGUCUUUGGAGGACAAUCUUCUGUGGUGAUCACAAGGGAUGGGUUGGAGUCGCGUGGAAGGCUGCUUGUUUCUUCCCUGGACUUUCUUUCCUAAUUCUUACUGUAUUGAACUUCUUGUUAUGGGGUAGUCACAGCACAGGGGCCAUUCCCUUUUCUUUGUUUGUCGUGCUCAUUUUACUUUGGUUCUGUAUCUCCGUCCCCCUAACCCUGAUCGGUGGCUACCUUGGGGCAAAGGCACCUCACAUCGAAUAUCCAGUCCGAACCAACCAGAUCCCACGCGAAAUUCCAGCACAGAAAUAUCCAUCUUGGCUUUUGGUUCUCGGGGCAGGCACCCUUCCUUUUGGCACUCUGUUCAUUGAGCUCUUUUUUAUCAUGUCAAGUCUCUGGAUGGGUCGUGUGUACUACGUCUUCGGAUUCCUCCUCAUCGUUAUGAUCCUCCUUGUUGUCGUUUGUGCUGAGGUGUCUCUUGUUCUAACUUACAUGCAUCUAUGUGUGGAGGACUGGAAAUGGUGGUGGAAGUCAUUCUUUGCUUCCGGUUCAGUCGCAAUAUACAUUUUCCUAUACUCCAUCAACUAUCUAAUAUUCGACCUCAAGAGCUUAAGCGGCCCUGUUUCCGCCACCCUUUACCUCGGAUACUCCCUCUUCAUGGUCUUGGCUAUUAUGUUUGCAACAGGCACCGUCGGGUUCCUUUCGUCCUUCUGGUUUGUACAUUAUUUGUUCUCUUCAGUGAAGUUCGAUUAAAGAAAUAUCUUGGUCUUGAAGAGCUGCAAGUAAACAAAUCAACCAUUGAAGAAGCAGUGGGCGGAUAUCGAAAAACAUUCUAUUUUACUUUUAAUGUCAUUUUGUAGGGUAUUUCGAAGAGAAAAACAAUAAACUCCUAAAGUUUUGUUAAAUUCUUUAUAGAAGUCAUUGCAUCUACUGAAGUAAAGUUUCAUCAGUUGGUAGGAUGAACAUCAUAUUGUUAUCAUUUCUCUAGUUUCUAUUAAUAGUGAUGAAUCUGUUAUCUUUGAAAGGGCUUUCUCAUAAUAUUAGUGAUUCUUGUACCUA